AUGUCUCCUCGUACCGACUUCCCUCCCGUCCGUGCCUGUCUCUUUGACAUGGACGGCCUCCUUCUCGACACGGAAGACCUCUACACCGCUUGCAUCAACACCAUCCUCGAGCAGUACGGCCGCCCCCUUCUUCCCUGGAGCAUCAAGGCCAAGCUUCAGGGUCGCCCCGGUCCUGAGUCCACUCGCAUCUUCCGGGAGUGGGCGCAGCUCCCCAUCGACCAAGACGAGUAUCAAGAGAAGCUCUCCGCCCUUCAGCGCAAGCUCUUUCCCACCACCCAGCCCCUCCCGGGCGUCCCCGAGCUCCUCCAGAACCUCGGCCGCACUCGCUACUGGGACCUGAAGCACGCUGACGCCGCCGCCGCCGCCGGCAAGAACCCCCACCGCGUCCACAUCGCCCUGGCCACCUCCUCCCAUGAAGCCAACUUCAAGCUCAAGUCGGACCACUUGACCGAGCUCUUCUCCGUCUUCCCCUCUCAGCGUCGCGUCCUCGGCGACGACAAGCGCAUCGCCGCCGGCCGCGGCAAGCCCAACCCGGACAUCUUCUUGCUCGCCCUCAAGACCAUCAACGAGUCCCUUGCCGACGGUGAGAAGCCCAUCACCCCCGAGGAGUGCCUCGUCUUCGAGGACUCGGUCCCCGGCGUCGAGGCCGGCCGCCGCGCCGGCAUGCGCGUCAUCUGGUGCCCCCACACAAUGCUGCUUAAGGAGUACGCCAGCCGCGAGAAGGAGGUCCUUGCUGGUCGCACCGGCGAGGCUGGUCAGGUCGACAUGCACCAGGUCGGCGAGAUUGACGACGGCUGGGCCGAGUAUCUGUCCACCCUCGAGGACUUCCCCUACGAGAAGUUCGGCAUGACUAUCCCCCCUAUCGCGGUGGACAACGAGCCCUUCAUGAAGGAGAACGUUGGCGAUGUUCUCGUCGACAAGACCAACGGCUCGUCUUGA